CUCCGUAACAUUUUGAAAUUCAAUGGAGCACAAAUGGUAGACUAUUGGUGGCAAAUCCCUAUACUCUAGUUCAACACUCAGCCGUCUCUCUGUCUCUCCACCGCGAUUCUCCAGUCUCCACUCAGCUCCACCGGCGGCCGGCCUUUGUCUUCUCCAUCUGGUGUAUGCUAUUCUGAUUCGUUUCCCUUCGGCUUUCCUAACCCGCAAAGGCCCAGACCAAACAUCAAAGUUGAAGAGUAUAACGAUUUUAGGUUUCGAUUUCCACUGACGCCUUCUCCCGCGCCUUCUUAACAUUUUGAAACUCAAAGUACCAUAGUUGGCAAUAUUUUGAAACUCAAAAACCACUCAAUUUUAAAGUUUAGGACUAUAAUUGGCAAAAUCACCAUCCUCUACAACGAAAAUGAAAUCCCCAGACUCUAGUUCAACACUCAGGCUUCGCCCUUUAGCCCUGCAACUCAGCUGUCUCUCUGUCUCUCCACCGGCGGACAGCCUUAAUCUUCUCUGUCUGGCGUUUGCUACUCUGCUCCACGGCUAAUCUUCAAGAGUUGAAGAAUAGAAGGAUUUUAGCUUUUGAUUUCGACCGAAGCCUCAUUGUUCUUUCAAUUUAAUGGCUCGGCUACUCAAAAGCGUACCAGAUGCAAGUAGGGAUUUAAUAAGUGAGCUGCCGUUAGAGGUAAAGGACAGAAUUUUGGGGUGUUUGCGCACCCCAGUGGCCGCCAGAACUGCUAUGCUCUCAAAGCACUAGAAUGAUGUUUGGUUGCAGCAUGGGCAGCUUGUGUUCGAUUCAGACUUCGUGGAAAGUGUCAAACAGUGCUAUGAUGGUGAAGGUAGAACCCUCGUGAACGUAAUCAAUAAUAUCCUCUUUUUCCGUGAUGGGCCGGUUAAGAAAUUUACUCUUCGGAUUUCAUAUGAUGAUCCUACGCCGUAGCAGUCUGAUUUUGAUAGGUGGUGUCUUUUUCUAUCAAGAAAUGGUGUGGAGGAACUUAAGAUAUGUUUACAUACUGAUGCGGAAGAAUAUAAGCUGCCAUUUUGUUUACUCUCUUGUAGGACAAUUAAGCAACUGAUAGUGCGUGGUCCAUUUAUUGAUUUGUCUGUAAAUGCUUGUGGUAUAUUUUCCAACGUCACUUCAUUAGCUUUCUGCAGUGUUGAAUUUAAGUGUAGUGUUAGUGGAAUUGCCUCUAGUAUUAGUAUUCCUAAACUUGAGAAGCUUGCUUUCGGAUUUUGCCAAGGGAUCCAUAAGUUUGAGAUCUGUUCUCCAAAGCUUGAAAUGUUGUCUGUUAUUGAUUGUAUGUGUGAUGUGGGUGAGUCAAGAUGGUUGGCGCCACAUUUGAAAGCCAUUAAGACUCUUUGGUUGUGUGGCUCUUCAUUGAUGCGUAUGGAUGUAUCUGUGUUUCCAACUGCAAUAGAUCUGCAAGUAAUGAAGCUAUAUGAAUUAAAUUUUGGUUGUCAGAAGCAACUCUCCGUUGCUAUGCAAUUGCUUAAAAAAUGUCCCAACCUAUGUGAACUGCGGAUUAUUGCGGAUGAGUUCCGUGGGAAGGAUGACCAAGAAGCUGCUUCAAGGCUUUUAGAGGAUCCAGACAGUGGCUUUGUUAUUCAGGAGCUGAAGAUGCUUAACACAAUCAAGAUUGAAUCAUUCAGUGAAUUCGCACUCGAAAUGCUUUUUAUGAAAAUGCUGCUAGCAAAAUCCCCUGUGCUAGAAAGAGUUGUUAUUGUGAAGGAUUGGCAUAUGAAUGCUUCCGAGGAGAGAAAAGUCCAAAGGAAGUUGGAAUGCUUCCCUCGUGCAUCUCCAAACGCACAAAUUAUCUUCACGGGCAAUUACUAUGCAUCUAUGAGCGAUGACUGGCUGGAUACCCAUGGUUUUACCCUUUUAGAAUUUUAGUAUGGUGAAUCUCCAUGGGUUCACCCUUUUAGAAUUUUAGUAUGGUGAAUCUCCAUGGGUUCUAUUUGGGUGCAUCUUAGAAAUGUAAGCAAAGUUUGUGUUGGAAGUUGAAAUGUUUUCUCACUUUUCUGAGUUGUUCAACAUAAGGUAUUUUUAAUUAGUAAGCAUUGUGGGUAAUUAAGAAUGUUCCUAUAUUUCAGGGUGUGAGAUGGGCGCAUACGAGAGGCUGUUUGGCUGUUUUUUGGUGCGUAAAUUAGUUCAUCUAACAAUGUUAAGGCAUUUAUUAGUUUUAUGAUGAAUAAGUCAUUCUGCAAUUCAAUCCUUACGAUGUUCAAUUGUAGCA